GGCAAGAACUCCUGUCCACCCCUCCCCCUCUUCUUCUUCCGUUACACCCAGGCUUGGCCAGCCUCGGGUCAUGCGUGUUUUCCCAAGAGCUGUGUCUUCUGGACCAGGGCUUGAUCUGAUUAUGAGUGACCAGCGGGGCCAUGUGAACAGCCUCUUCCUGAAUGAGGAGUCAGCCAAGCGUCUCAGCUCCAACAGCCGGGUGCAGCGCUUCCAACAGGCAGUGCAGGAGCGGGCAGCACGGGUCAAGAAGCGGAUGCACAGCAUCACCAAAGACAGCGCCAAGGGCUUCCUCAGGAGAAAUGCCUUCGUCCUCUUCACCAUCACUGCUGUCCUACUGGGGAUCAUUUUGGCCUUUGCCCUCCGACCCUACAAGAUGACCUAUCGCCAGAUCAAGUAUUUCUCCUUCCCAGGAGAGCUGCUGAUGCGGAUGCUCCAGAUGCUGGUUCUUCCCCUCAUUGUCUCCAGCCUGGUCACGGGCAUGGCCUCACUGGAUGGAAAAGCCUCUGGGAAGAUGGGGCUGCGGGCCGUAGUCUACUACAUGGUGACCACCAUCAUAGCGGUCUUCAUCGGCAUCCUCAUGGUGAUCAUCAUCCAUCCAGGCAAAGGGUCCAAGGACAAACUGCACCGGGAGGGCAAGAUUGAGCAGGUGCAAACAACUGAUGCCUUCAUGGACCUGGUCAGGAACAUGUUCCCGCCGAACCUAGUAGAAGCCUGCUUCAAACAGUACAAGACGCAAUACAGCACCAGGGUCUUCACCAGAACCAUCCUCCACAGCAGCAAUGUCACAGCAGGGACCACUGCCAACUCACAGGCUUCCAUGCCCGAGAAUGUCACCGGCACUCUGGAGAAUGUCACACGCACCCUUAGGAGCCUGCAGGAAGUGCUGAGCUUUGAGGAAACCAUCCCCAUACCUGGCUCGGCCAACGGGGUGAAUGCGCUGGGCCUGGUGGUGUUCUCCGUGUGCUUUGGCCUGGUGAUUGGCAGCAUGAAGCAGAAGGGACGGGCCCUGCAGGAGUUCUUCAACUGCCUCAACGAAGCUAUCAUGAGGCUGGUGGCCAUUAUCAUCUGGUACGCCCCAGUCGGGAUCCUAUUCUUAAUCGCUGGCAAGAUUCUGGAGAUGGACGACUUAGCAGUGAUGGGGGGCCAGCUGGGAAUGUACACGCUCACCGUCAUCGUGGGGCUGCUCAUACACUCCCUGUGUGUCCUGCCUCUGCUGUACUUCAUCGUCACCCACAAGAACCCGUGGGUGUUCAUCGCAGGCCUUCUGCAGGCCCUCAUCACCGCAUUGGGCACCUCCUCAAGCUCGGCCACGCUCCCCAUUACAUUCAGGUGCUUGGAAGAAAACAACGGGGUGGACAGGCGCAUCACCAGGUUCGUUCUGCCCGUAGGCGCGACCAUUAACAUGGAUGGCACGGCUCUAUACGAGGCCCUGGCAGCCAUCUUCAUCGCACAAGUCAACAACUACGAGCUCGACUUCGGGCAAAUCAUCACAAUCAGCAUCACUGCCACUGCAGCCAGCAUUGGAGCGGCAGGCAUCCCCCAGGCAGGCCUGGUGACCAUGAUGAUUGUGCUGACAUCGGUGGGGCUGCCAACCGAGGACAUCACACUAAUCAUUGCGGUGGACUGGUUUCUGGACCGUCUGAGAACCACCACCAACGUGCUGGGGGACUCCCUGGGAGCCGGGAUUGUGGAGCACCUGUCUCGGCAUGAGCUGGAUGCACAGGACAGCGAGCUUGGGAAUUCUGUGAUUGAGGAGAAUGAGAAGCCCUACCACCUGAUCUACCAGGCGAACACCCACAAGCACCGCAGCGAGACAAUCAUGUGA